UAGCUGGGCCCUGGCAGGUGAGGGGGGUAGUGCUGGGAAGCCCCAAGCCCAGCCUCAAGCUUGCUGGGGCCCUGGCCCUCAAGGCCCACCCUUGGGUUCAAACUGCUAUGCAGGUUCUGGGCAGGGGAGGGAUCCCUGAAGGCCUUGAAGCCACACCCUGUUUAUGCCAGAGCUAUAGGCUCUGCAGGUCCCCAGGUGGCUGGGGUAUUCCCGAAGGGCUAAGUCUCCUAGUGUCCCUAAGAUUGUGCUUGGCUAUGCCACUGAGGUGACCACUGGAGGGAGGGUGGGAUGGAGAUUCAGGAUUGGGGGAGGGGAGCCAGGCUGAGAAAGAGGUGGUAGGUGUGAGCAGGAGAGACUGGGGUCUCACAAACCCCACUUCCUCCUCCCUUCCCCACCCCAAGGAGGUUCCCUUGCAUGGUGGUCCUGGCCCCUCCCUAGAGAGCUCCAGGCGGGGGAGCAUCUUGCCUGGCAGACACUCUGCCCUGGUGAGAAGGGGGUGGGAUGAGCUUUUCUCUGCAGCCCAGCACCAGGCUGUGAGCCCAGCUGGCUGGGCUAGAGGGGCUGUGAGGAGGGAGGGUAGAGGCAGGAGGGGCUGGGAAUGAGCGCCAUGUUCUCCCAGGACUUUUUCCUGGCCAUCAUCCUGCAGGACAGCAGCCCAGAUUCCUUCUGGAACCCCAACGCCUUCGAGACGGAUUCCGACCUGCCGGCUGGAUGGAUGAGGGUCCAGGACACCUCAGGGACCUACUAUUGGCACAUCCCAACAGGGACCACCCAGUGGGAGCCCCCUGGCCGGGCCUCCCCCUCACAUGGGAGCAGCCCCCAAGAGGAGUCCCAGCUCACCUGGACAGGCUUUGCCCAUGGAGAAGGCUUUGAGGAUGGAGAGUUUUGGAAGGAUGAACCCAAUGAGGAGGCCCCAAUGGAGUUGGGACUGAAAGAUCCUGAGGAGGGGACAUUGCCCUUCCCAGCUCAGAACCUCAGCCCAGAGCCGUUGCCCCAAGAGGAGGAGAAGGUUCCGCCACGGAAUGCUAACCCAGGGAUCAAGUGUUUCGCCGUGCGCUCCCUAGGCUGGGUGGAGAUGACAGAAGAGGAGCUGGCCCCUGGACGCAGCAGUGUGGCGGUCAACAAUUGCAUCCGUCAGCUCUCCUACCACAAAAACAAUUUGCAUGACCCCAUGUCUGGGGGCUGGGGGGAGGGAAAGGAUCUGCUGCUACAGCUGGAGGAUGAGACACUAAAGCUGGUGGAGCCACAGAGCCAGGCACUGCUGCAUGCCCAGCCCAUCGUCAGCAUCCGUGUGUGGGGCGUCGGGCGGGACAGUGGAAGGUGGGAGCAGGACUUUGCCUACGUAGCGCGCGAUAAGCUGACCCAGAUGCUCAAGUGCCACGUGUUUCGCUGUGAGGCACCCGCCAAGAACAUCGCCACCAGCCUGCAUGAGAUCUGCUCCAAGAUUAUGGCUGAACGGCGCAAUGCCCGCUGCUUGGUAAAUGGACUCUCCCUGGACCACUCUAAACUUGUGGAUGUUCCUUUCCAAGUGGAAUUCCCGGCACCUAAGAAUGAGUUAGUCCAGAAGUUCCAAGUCUAUUACCUGGGGAAUGUGCCUGUUGCUAAACCUGUUGGGGUAGACGUAAUUAAUGGGGCCCUGGAGUCAGUCCUGUCCUCCAGCAGCCGUGAGCAGUGGACUCCAAGUCAUGUCAGCGUGGCUCCUGCUACCCUCACCAUCUUGCACCAGCAGACAGAAGCAGUGCUAGGGGAAUGUCGGGUACGCUUCCUCUCCUUUCUGGCUGUGGGCAGAGAUGUCCACACAUUUGCAUUCAUCAUGGCUGCCGGCCCAGCCUCCUUCUGCUGCCACAUGUUCUGGUGCGAGCCCAAUGCUGCCAGUCUCUCAGAGGCCGUGCAGGCUGCGUGCAUGCUUCGCUACCAGAAGUGUCUGGAUGCCCGCUCCCAGGCCUCCACCUCCUGCCUCCCGGCACCCCCUGCUGAGUCCGUUGCACGGCGUGUAGGGUGGACUGUCCGCAGGGGCGUUCAGUCACUCUGGGGCUCCCUGAAACCCAAGCGGCUGGGAGCCCACACCCCAUGAAGAAGCCCCCAUCCUCCCUCCACCUGCUCGUGUUGGACCCCAGGAAGCUUCAGGGUAUGGGGUAGGGAGGGGUCCUAGUGGCUAUUCCUAGGCCUCAGGCCCCCCAAAGCUGCCCCUUCCCAGUGGCUGGGGUUCCCUGCCUAGGGGCUGGGGAGGCAAAGAGCUAAUCCCUUCAAGGAAAUGAUAACACUGGAGUGAUGACAAGAGGAACAGGAAGCAAGGCCAGUCCCGGGCUCUCCAUCCCCAUGUGUUUCAGGUGGAGCAGGAGGAACUGGUCCAGGCCAAGCCCCAUUCUCCUAGGACCCAGCAGGGCAGAAGGAGGAGGGGACUGGUCCAGGCAUGGGUCCCUUUCCCCCUGCUCUGUGGGUACCUCCGCUGUACUGAUAUCACUAAUAAAGUCUGUCUGCACUGC